AUGAGCAACGGAAAGGGAUAUAACCCGUCCGUCUUCAGCCAAGACACCAUCACCGGCUCCGACGCGGCGUCAAUCAGCCCGCUAAUCCGCAACGCGGACGGCAGCACCACGGGGACGCCUCUCCGCGGUACGGACCCCCAGCCCGUGCCCUCGGACAACUUCCACUACGUGUCGACGCGGGUGGUCAAGGAGAUCCCCAAGUCCGCCUUGAAGGCGCCGGAUCCGAAUUCCAAGUUUACAAAGUUCAAGAACAUGCUCAAGCCGCCCGCCGUCAAGGCCUUCGAGGCGCUGCCCAGCGCCGAGGGCAAGACGUAUCACAUAGACGAGCAGGGCCGCAUCAUCGAGACGACGGUCAGGAGGGGAGCAACGAUGGGUAAUAUUUACGGGACAGGGGGAGGCAACGGCGGCGAGUGA